GAAAAUGCACCCACCCGCUUCCUGACGGCAAACGGCAUCAAGUUUGCUUAUCGUAUGAUUGGUCCAGUGAACCCUUCCAAGCCCCCAGUGCUCUUCCUCAACCACUACCGUUCCAAUAUCGACCUCUGGGACCCACUGGUCGUGAACGGCGUUGCUUCUAGUGGUCGACAAGUUAUCACCUACGACUAUGCCGGUCUCGGUCACAGCGGCGGCGACUGCGAACUGUCCAUUAAGGGCUUCUCUUCGAACGUCAUUGCCUUCCUCAAAGAACUCCUCCCCACCCUCUCAGGAUCCCCUGCUCAAAUCGACCUUUUCGGCUUCUCCCUCGGCGGCUAUGUCAUCCAGCAGGUUUGCAUCGACAGCCCGGAGCUCAUCCGCAAGAUCGUCAUCUCUGGUUCCGGACUGAGUGGAACUGCCACCUCGUGGACUGCAGUCAGGCCCAUGGCCGAAGUGCAGAGCGCCAUCUCAGGUGACCCCCCGAACCCCGACGCCAUCGCGGAUGCCUUCUUCCCCAGUUUCAUCGACACCAAAGAGGCCUCUAGCGGCUGGCUCAACCGCAUAUUCACUGCACGCUCCCAGAUUGCCGGCAAGAAUGGCGAGCCCGAGUUCAGGAGCUUCCUCAGCGGGCCACAACUGAACCGCCUCACUGAGGCAUACCUCAAAUGGGAUGCUGACCCCGUCCCAAACGCCCUGCUACACACGAUCCAGAAGGAUGCUCUAGUCACCACAGGAGCGAAUGACCUCAUUGUACCCAGCCAAAAUUCCUAUGCCCUCUCCAGACAGCUGCCACGCGCCAACCUCGUCAUUUAUCCAGGAUCUGGCCACGGCCAUCUGUUCCAAUACUCUGACUUCUUCGUCAAGCAAGUGAACAGCUUCUUGGACGGA